AGCGGUGGCGAUAGUGGCGACGGUGGCGAGGGUGGCCCUGGUGGCGGUGGCCAUGGUGGUUACGAGGGUGGUUUCCUUACAUUUUCCUCCUACGUCGUGAGAACUUGAGAGCAUGUUCAGCUGAUCAACAAGCUACAGCUCAAAGACCAAAUCUAAGCACAGCUCUUCAAAGACCAGAUCUAAGUACAGCUCCUCAAAGACCAAAUUCCGGCCACGAGCAUCAACAUCGGCGAUGAGCAUGCCCUCCAGAAUGCCCUCAGCUCUGUUAAAGAUGUAUACCUCACCGAACCGUGUUGCGGGAGUACCUGAGAAUGUUCUUACAGCCUCGCUCGCCUCUCUCCUUCGAGGAGAAGCCAACGAUGACGGGAACUCCGGGUCUCCUCCAGCCUCUCAACCAACAACCCCUCCCAGCUUGCCAUAGCUACCCUCGAACAUAUGGAGCAAGAAAGAGAGGGACAAAGAACAGUACAGCAAUGCCAAAGCAAGAUGCGAAGAGUUGGAAACAUCACAAGGAAACAAGGGCGGCCGAAGAGUUGGAAUAUCACAAGGAAAUAAGGGCGGCCGAAGAGUUGAAAGAUCACAAAGAAAUAAGGGCGGCCGAAGAGUUGGAAAUAUCACAAGGAAACAAGGGCGGCAGGGAGAACAAUGCAGCCAAUACCAGAUCAAGAUACGAAGAGUUGGAAACUGUGAGGGCCUGGUCCUCCAGGCCUCCCAGACGCUCUGACUAAUCAGACGCCAGCCGGGUGGAUCCACCCGACCAGCCAGAGGGAUCCACCCAACUGACUAAUGGAAGCUCGGCUAAAGCCCCACCUUGAGACGCCUUGGAAGAAUCUCGCGAGGGGAGG